UCUCUGUCCCUGCCGUCUCCUGCUCUGUUGCUGGUUUCCUGUCCUGCUUUGGCUGUUUCCUGGCCUUGGUUUUGGGUGGCAGUCCUGCUGUGCACCCCUAGGUUGGGCUGUAGGUUGGGCCACCCUCCUCUCCCUGGUACUGUUUUGGGUAAUGUGAUGACUGUGAUGGAUUGGAUGGCCGGAGACCUGAAAUGCUGGACACUAGGAAUGGUGUCAGGGAAAGGAAAAGUAACAAGAGGAGGAAAUUGCUCGACCUCUGCAGGAUGGGGUGGGGCUGCUCGGCUUUUCCAGGGAUUAAGAUGACAGCUGAGGGCGGCUCAUGGAGGUGUCAGAAACCUUUAGAUUUAUGCAGGGCUAGCUGGUGUUACAUCUCAGCACGGGUAGCAGGGCAAUGCCAGGAAGCUGGUGAGGGCUUUCUUCUCCUCCACCAUGGUUGACGACGGCAAGGGCAAGUACGAAGUAGCCCCCCAGCACGAGGCUGCCACCUGCCCUGUGGGCGAUGGGGCCAGCCCAGGAGCUGAGCAGAUAAAGCUGAAGAAGGAGAUCUCGCUGCUGAAUGGCGUGUGCCUGAUCGUGGGGAACAUGAUUGGCUCGGGCAUCUUCGUCUCCCCCAAGGGUGUGCUCAUGUACAGUGCCUCCUUUGGCCUCUCUCUGAUCAUCUGGGUUAUCGGAGGCCUCUUCUCGGUUGUUGGGGCCCUUUGUUAUGCGGAACUGGGCACCACCAUUAAGAAAUCUGGGGCCAGCUAUGCCUAUAUCCUGGAGGCCUUCGGGGGACUUCUGGCCUUCAUCCGUCUCUGGACCUCCCUGCUCAUCAUCGAACCCACCAGCCAGGCCGUCAUUGCCAUCACCUUUGCCAACUACAUGGUGCAGCCCCUCUUCCCGAGCUGCCACGCCCCCUAUGCUGCCAGCCGUCUGAUCGCCGCUGCCUGCAUUUGUCUCUUAACCUUCAUUAAUUGUGCCUAUGUCAAGUGGGGAACCCUGGUACAAGAUAUUUUCACCUAUGCUAAAGUAUUGGCGCUGAUUGCGGUCAUCAUUGCAGGCAUUGUUAGACUUGGCCAGGGAGCCUCGGCUAACUUGGAGAAUUCCUUUGAGGGUUCAUCGUUUGCAGUAGGGGACAUUGCCCUGGCACUGUACUCCGCUCUCUUCUCCUACUCAGGCUGGGAUACCCUCAACUAUGUCACUGAAGAGAUCAAGAAUCCUGAGAGGAACCUGCCCCUCUCCAUUGGAAUUUCCAUGCCCAUCGUCACCAUCAUCUACAUCUUGACCAAUGUGGCCUACUACACUGUGCUAGACUUGAAGGACAUCUUGAGCAGUGAUGCUGUUGCUGUGACCUUUGCAGACCAGAUUUUUGGAAUAUUCAACUGGACAAUUCCCCUGGCAGUUGCAUUAUCUUGCUUUGGUGGCCUCAAUGCCUCCAUUGUGGCUGCUUCUAGGCUUUUCUUUGUGGGCUCAAGAGAAGGCCACCUUCCUGAUGCCAUCUGCAUGAUUCACGUGGAGCGGUUCACACCUGUGCCUUCCCUGCUCUUCAAUGGCAUCAUGGCACUGAUCUACCUGUGUGUGGAGGACGUCUUCCAGCUGAUUAACUACUACAGCUUCAGCUACUGGUUCUUUGUGGGGCUUUCCAUUGCGGGUCAGCUCUAUCUGCGCUGGAAGGAACCUGAGCGAUCUCGUCCUCUCAAGCUCAGCCUUUUCUUCCCUGUGGUCUUCUGCCUCUGUACCAUCUUCCUGGUGGCUGUUCCACUUUACAGUGACACCAUCAGCUCCCUCAUUGGCAUUGGCAUUGCCCUCUCCGGCUUGCCCUUCUACUUUCUCAUCAUCAAGGUGCCAGAAGAAAAACGACCGCACUGCCUUCGAAGGAUUGUGGCAUCUGCCACAUGGUACAUCCAAGUCCUGUGUAUGUCAGUGGCUGCAGAAAUGGACUUUGAAGAUGGAGAAGGGAUGUCCAAGCAGGAAGAUCCCAAGUCUAACUAAAUACCACCUGGGUCCUAGGUCGUGGAGAACAAAGGCUGGUCUGCUACUGGUUAGAGCUGAAGAAGCUGAACAGGAACACUCCCUUCUCCGGAGGUGCUUGCCCAGAAGCCUGGUCUAGGCAGUUUUACCUCUAAACUUGCUUUUUAGAGAUGCAAAGUAAUUUAUUUGUUUUGCUACAUAUCGUUCCUGAUUCUGUAAAGGGACAAUAAAGCAGACUGUACUGGGGAGCAUGGCACCUCUGGGUUUGCCUAUCUACUCUUUCUUGGGCUGUGCUCCAUAUGUGUCUCAUUUAGAGACACGGACCUGUGACGCGGACAAUAAAAGGGUUAUAUUCUAAAA